AACAUGCGUCGGUGUUCUUCUUCGUCUUCACUCGUCGUAUUAAAAGCCUCAUGCGUUCCUUCACCGAGAAAUUCUCACUUCUUCGCUACCAAAUCUCCUCUUCCCCGGAAUAGAUCUGAGCUUCUUCUUUGACUAUUCACCGAUCCGGAUCUAAAAAGGUGUUUCCUCAAUUUGUUAAACCAGAUAUGAGGUCAAUGGAUCGAUUUGGGAUCUGGGUUUUGGCGAUUUUGUUAGUGAUUCAAUCAAGUUUUGGGUUUUACCUUCCUGGAAGCUAUCCACAUAAGUAUGAAGUUGGUGAUUACUUGAACGUGAAGGUGAAUUCACUUACUUCUAUAGAAACAGAAAUGCCUUUUAGCUAUUAUAGUUUACCCUUUUGUAAACCCAGUGAAGGAAUUAAGGAUAGUGCUGAGAAUUUAGGUGAACUUCUUAUGGGAGAUCGGAUUGAGAAUUCGCCUUAUAGGUUUAGAAUGUUUAAGAAUGAGAGUGAGAUCUUUCUUUGUCAGACUGAUAAAUUGUCUGCUGAUAGUUUGAAGCUUUUGAAGAAGAGGAUUGAUGAGAUGUAUCAAGUUAAUCCUAUGCUUGACAAUUUACCGGCGAUUCGGUAUACUAAGAGAGAUGGGUAUGUUUUGAGGUGGACUGGUUAUCCUGUUGGGAUUAAGGUUCAGGAUGUUUAUUAUGUUUUUAAUCAUUUGAAGUUUAAGGUUCUUGUUCAUAAGUAUGAAGAAGCUGCUAAUGUGGCUCGUGUGAUGGGUACUGGUGAUGCCGCUGAGGUCAUUCCGACUAUUGGGAAGAAAGAUUCUGAUGUCCCUGGUUAUAUGGUUGUUGGGUUUGAGGUUGUUCCUUGUAGCUUUGCUCAUAAUGGUGAAUCUACGAAGAAGUUGAAAAUGUAUGAGAGAUAUACUACUCCGAUUAAAUGUGAUUCCACUAGGGUGUCUAUGUCUGUUAAGGAAGGUCAGUCUAUUGUCUUCUCUUAUGAAGUCAGUUUUGAGGAGAGUGACAUCAAAUGGCCAUCUAGAUGGGAUGCGUACUUGAAGAUGGAGGGUUCGAAGGUUCAUUGGUUCUCAAUCUUGAACUCUCUUAUGGUAAUCACUUUCUUGGCUGGUAUUGUUCUGGUGAUAUUCUUGAGAACUGUUAGGCGGGAUUUGACUCGUUAUGAGGAGCUUGACAAGGAGGCUCAAGCUCAGAUGAACGAAGAGUUGUCUGGAUGGAAGCUUGUUGUGGGUGAUGUUUUCCGUGCUCCAUCAAAUGCCUCGCUAUUGUGUGUCAUGGUUGGUGACGGAGUUCAGAUUCUUGGCAUGGCUGUUGUUACCAUUUUGUUUGCUGCUCUAGGGUUCAUGUCACCGGCUUCACGUGGAACACUUAUUACUGGUAUGCUCUUCUUCUACAUGAUUCUUGGCAUUGCAGCUGGUUAUGUUUCUGUUCGUCUUUGGAGGACAAUUGGUUGUGGCGAACACCGUGGAUGGAUGUCUGUCGCAUGGAAAGCUGCUUGCUUUUUCCCGGGUAUUGCGUUUCUGAUCCUUACAACGCUGAACUUCCUUCUAUGGGGUAGCCAUAGCACUGGAGCCAUUCCUUUCUCUCUAUUUGUCAUCCUCCUCCUCCUGUGGUUUUGCAUCUCGGUUCCUCUAACUCUUAUCGGUGGUUACUUUGGAGCCAAGGCUCCUCACAUUGAAUUCCCAGUUCGAACAAACCAAAUUCCCCGGGAAAUCCCCGCUCAGAAAUACCCAUCCUGGCUUCUGGUUCUUGGCGCUGGAACACUUCCAUUCGGUACCCUCUUCAUCGAGCUUUUCUUUAUCAUGUCCAGCAUCUGGAUGGGCCGUGUCUACUACGUCUUUGGAUUCCUUUUUGUAGUCUUGAUCCUUCUUGUCGUAGUGUGUGCCGAGGUUUCCCUAGUGCUAACAUACAUGCACCUGUGCGUUGAAGACUAUAAGUGGUGGUGGAAAUCCUUCUUUGCAUCUGGAUCCGUUGCAAUCUACAUCUUCAUAUACUCCAUAAACUAUCUCGUCUUCGACCUCAAAAGCUUGAGUGGACCCGUUUCAGCGACUCUUUAUCUCGGCUACUCUCUCUUUAUGGUCCUGGCUAUCAUGCUCGCAACAGGUACCGUUGGUUUCCUCUCUUCCUUCUGGUUCGUACACUACUUGUUUUCUUCGGUGAAACUUGACUAAGGAAUCAGACCAGAGGCUUAUUGGCUUAAAGAGAUUGUAUAACUUUUUGGAGAGAACUGAGAUAUCGUUUAAGCAAAGGCAUCAAUCAAAUCAUUCAAUUGCUCCAACAAGGAAGUGUAAGGGUUCAUUGUGUCAUAUUGGAAGCUUCAAAUUUUCCUUUUCAUCGUGUAAGAAAAUUUGUUUCCUCUUUCUUGUUUUUCUCAUCUUGUUGCAUCUUUUAUGGUAAUGCCUCUGAACUUGAAAAUGUUUAUUUUUUUCCUUAAUGUUUAAGAUUAAUUUUGGUUCUGUUCGGUUUUGAUUACUAUAGAAUACACACUCUACCAUGUUGGUGACCGUUGCCUUUUCAUCUCUUGUUUUCUAGAACUAGAAUUGACAUUUUGGUAGAGAUGUUGUGGUGGGUAAAAAAGCUCAGCCCGACCUGAAUCCAAAAUAAACCCGUCCACCAAAAACCCAACUUUAGAAAACCCAGAUGGGUUUUUGAUAUAGUGGGUAAAGCUCCAAAAAACCUGAUUGUUACGAGACUA